AACGAUCAGGAAAGAAUCCUGACAAUGGCAACUGGCAUCCACCAUACAUCACUUCAUUGCAAACAAAACCCUAUAUGAAUAUCAACAACAAUAAUCUCUAAUUCCAUACAAUUUCCCUGAAGAUCAAUUAAUAUUUUCUCUGAAUACAAUCAACCAAACUUAUAACUGAUAGGAAAAACCAUGGAUUCCCAACAGGAGCUUAAUCAGCCAAUCCUGAAUAAUUCCACGCAUGAUGAUGAUCAUCAGCAACAGCCGACCUCACACAGCUCAUCAGGAACUUGUCAUGGCCAUGAAGUCGAUCCCAGGCUCGAGGAAGUUUUGUCAGACACGGAGCUGCCUUUCUUCAAGCGUCUCCGAUUGGCUUCGUUGAUUGAAAUGAAGUUGCUUUUCAGCCUGGCGGCACCGGCGGUCUUCGUGUAUUUGAUCAAUAACGCCAUGUCCUUAUCCACUCGUGUCUUUUGUGGUCAUCUAGGCAAUCUUGAGCUCGCCGCUGCCUCGCUUGGCAACAGCGGUAUUCAACUCCUUGCUUAUGGCCUCAUGCUAGGAAUGGGGAGUGCUGUAGAGACCCUAUGCGGACAAGCUUAUGGGGCGCUUAGAUACGACAUGUUAGGGGUUUAUCUUCAGAGAUCAACCAUUGUCCUUACGUUGACAGGGAUUCCACUGAUGUUGGUCUAUGUGUUUUCUAAGCCAAUCUUGAUCUUGCUAGGCGAACCUGCGGAAGUUGCGUCUGCGGCUGCCGUUUUUGUCUAUGGUUUGAUCCCACAAAUCUUUUCUUACGCUGUGAACUUUCCCAUACAAAAGUUUCUUCAAUCCCAAAGUAUUGUGAUUCCGAGUGCAUACAUAUCAGCUGCCACACUUGUGGUGCACCUUUUGCUAAGUUGGUUGGCAGUAUACAAGAUUGGUAUGGGGUUGAUAGGUGCUUCUCUGGUGCUCAGCUUGUCGUGGUGGAUAAUUGUGGUGGCCCAGAUGGUGUAUAUCAAGACGAGCGACAAGUGUAAGCUUACAUGGUCUGGGCUGAGUUUGAAGGCCUUUUCUGGGCUGUGGGACUUCUUGAAACUAUCGGCUGCUUCCGCCGUCAUGCUGUGCUUGGAGACUUGGUACUUUCAGAUACUUGUUUUGAUCGCUGGUUUGUUGGAGAAUCCUGAGCUUGCACUGGACUCCCUUUCUAUUUGCAUGGCUAUAAAUGGGUUGAUGUUCAUGAUUUCAGUUGGGUUCAAUGCAGCUGCAAGUGUUAGGGUCAGCAACGAGCUGGGAGCGGAACAUCCCAAGUCGGCGGCAUUCACGGUUACGGUUGUGACUUUGGUUUCCUUCAUCAUUGCUGUUGUGGAAGCUAUCAUCGUUUUAGCUCUACGAGAUGUUAUAAGCUAUGCAUUUACCGAAGGCGAGACGGUGGCCAAUGCAGUGUCGGAGCUCUGCCCAUUCUUGGCUGUUACUCUUAUUCUUAAUGGGAUUCAACCUGUUUUGUCUGGGGUGGCUGUUGGAUGUGGAUGGCAAGCAUUUGUAGCCUAUGUAAACGUGGGAUGCUAUUACGUUGUUGGGAUCCCAGUGGGAUGUGUUCUUGGCUUUAAGUACAACCUGGGUGCAAAGGGAAUAUGGUCCGGGAUGAUAGGAGGAACAAUGAUGCAAACCCUCAUCUUAUUAUGGGUUACAUUCACAACAGAUUGGAAUAGAGAGGUGGAGAAUGCCAGGUGGCGGCUAGACAUAUGGGAAGACAAGAAGCCACCUCAUCAAGCUUUGCAAUAACUCUCCACCCACCACAAACUAUAUUGACAACCAAUAGGCGUCCCCCACAAUUGGGACGACCCCAUAAAUACAAUUAAACCUACCAAGACAUGGUGCUCCUACUACCAUCAAAUGGUUUGUUUACCAGCUACGAGCAGUUCUGAUGAUUUUUUUUUCAUGUGCCAUAUAACCUUUUGAAAUAAGGUAAAAUAAACUAUGUUCCCUGUUCGGUUUUUCUGUAUAAACUUCUUCCUGCUAUUUG